AUGCGUAAAAUACGGGUCUUACUUGCAGCUUCAGCCUUGAAAAAUCUAAUACUCAUUGGCAAAAUUAGCGUUGAUGUUGCCUCGGUCGAUGCUAAAGUACUGCUUGCUAGCGUUGACGGUGUCUUUCUCGGUGCUGAAGUAGCUAGCGUUGUUGUUGGCUCUGUUGAAGAAGUACUGCUUUUCAGCUUGACCGUUGACGUUGGCUCUAUCGAUGUUGAAGUACUGCUUGUUGGCGUUGACGAUGCCUCAGUUGUGUUAAAGUCCUGCGCUCUUGCGUUGUUGGCUGCAGAAGUACUGUUUGCUAGCGUUGAAGUUGGCCUUGUGGAAGUUGGAGUAGUUGUUGCUAGCGUAAUGAUGGUUCUCUUGAAGUGGUCGUUGCGAACGUUGAUGUCUCUGUCGGAGUGUGUUGAUGUCUCUGUCGGAGUGGUGAUUGCCGUUGAGUUUGGAACUGUUGAUUUUGAAAGAGUGCUUGGCAUCGUUGAGGUCAGCUCUUUCGAGAUGCUGCUAGCUUUAGUUGUUUUCAACAAUGGUUCAGUUGUUGCUGUUGUUGUCGUCUUUGCUACUGAUGUUUAG